UUCCCAUCACACCCUUUCCUUUCUUUACUUCGAUAACUGACUCUUAUUUUUUCCCAAUUUCUCAAAAAAACCCCAAAGCUUUAGGGUUUCUUCUUCUCCUCCAUCUCCAAGCCCCUGACUUUGCCUCUUUGCCAUUUGGAAUGGUGCGGGGAAAGCUGAUCUUGAUUUGCCAGCAUGGCGGUGAAUUUGUGCCGAAGGAUGAUGGAUCCUUGUCAUAUUCUGGAGGAGAGGCACAUGCCUUAGAUAUCAGUCCUGAGACAGCAUUUGACGAUCUCAAGCACAAAUUAGCCGAAAAAAGUAACUUGGAAUAUAAAUCUUUGACUAUGAAGUAUUUUCUCCCUGGAAACAGGAGAACUCUAAUUACUCUGUCCAAUGACAAAGAUCUAAAAAGGAUGUAUGAUUUUCAUGAGGACUCGGUGACUGCAGAUAUUUUCCUUACAGGGACAAAAGGCUUUGUUCCUGCGAAUCUUGGUGCGCAAGCUAAGAGGAAAAUUCGUGCAAAAAAAGGUGCCGCCUCUGCUGCGGGUCCUGCUACUUCCAAAGUUGCUCGCUCUGCUGUUGGCCUGAAGGAUGUUACUGUUGGUAUAGCAACCCCUUCUGAUUCUGUCGCAGUGUCAAUGCAACACUCCGAAGCCCCACUAAAGCAGCUAAACGUACUGCUGGCCGUAACAUUGUUGAUGGUCUUUUUGAGGUCAGCGUGGCUGAUGCAACUGACACAGAUACAAUUGAUAUGAGUGCUUCUCCUGCUGAUACCGUCAAGAAACGAAGGCGCACUGCAUCCUGGAGAAGUGGUGCAAAUGGUCUUAACAUUGUGAGCGUUGACGAUGAUCUUGAGGAGACCAGAAAAUAUACAUCCCGGAAAAAGGCUGCCAGGAAACACAAUACUGUUGCAGUAGCUGAUAACAUGAGCCUGGCUCCUGCUCCUCCCAGUGAUGCUUCACCGGAUGAACUGGUUGAAUUUUGGAAAAAUGGUAUUACUGGUGAAGGCCAGGACUUCGGAAGUGUGGCGGAAUUCCGUGAUGCUCUACAGAAAUAUGCCAUUGCACAUCGAUUUGGUUAUAGGCUAAGAAAAAAUGACACUAAUCGUGCUUAUGCCGUAUGUGCAGUAGAAGGCUGUCCUUGGAAGCUUCAUGCAUCUUGGGUCCCGUCCGACGGUGUGUUUAGGGUUAAAAGGAUGGACGCAGCACAUACUUGUGAUGGUGAAUCUCGAAAGACUGGUACUCCAGCUAAAAAAAAUUGGUUGGUGAAUAUUAUCAAGGAUAGGUUAAGAGAUAGCCCACACCACAAACCAAAAGAAAUUGCCAAAGACAUUCUUCGUGAUUUUGGGCUUGAACUGAACUAUGCGCAAGUAUGGCGUGGAGUUGAAGAUGCUCGGCAGCAACUUCAGGGUUCAUACAAAGAGGCAUAUGGUCAGUUGCCUUGGUACUGUCAGAAGAUAGAGGAGGCAAAUCCUGGUAGUUUUACUCAGCUUCUCAUUGGAGAUGAUAGACGAUUUCAGCGUCUUUUUAUAUCCUUUCAUGCUACAGUUUAUGGUUUCCAAAGUGGUUGUCGUCCACUGCUUUUCCUAGAGGCCAUCCCAUUGAAAUCAAAAUACCAUGAAACUCUGCUCACGGCCACUGGACUGGAUGGUGAUGAUGGGAUUUUCCCUGUUGCAUUUGCUGUUGUAGACAUUGAAAAUGAAGACAGUUGGCAUUGGUUUUUGCAGCAGUUGAGAUCUCAAGUGUCAACUUCUCGUCCUCUAACCUUUGUCUCUGAUAGAGAUAAAGGAUUAAUGAAGCAUGUGCUUGAAACAUUUGAGAAUGCUCACCAUGGUUACUCGUUAUACUACUUGAUGGACAGCUUCAUUCAAAACUUGAAGGGACCAUUCCAUGGAGAAGGGAGAGCUUCAUUGCCUGGAUGUUUCUUGGCUGCGGCAAAAGCAGCCCGACUUGGUGGUUUUAGGAUGUACACCGAGCAAAUUAAACGAGUUUCUUCAAGUGCUUAUGAUUGGAUCAUGCAAAAUGAGCCUGAAUACUGGGCGAAUACAUUUUUCAAGGGUGAGCUUUAUAAUCACAUAACACUCAACAUUGCAGAGUCAUAUGCUAACUGGUUAGAGGAAGCACGAGAACGACCCAUCAUGCAAAAGAUAGAAGUACUAAGAUGUAAAAUCAUGGAAUUAAUGGAAAGUCGUCGAAUGGAAUCUAGUAACUGGACUACGAAACUUACACCAUCGAAGCAGGAAAUGUUACAAGAAGAAUUUGCAAAAGCACGUGGUCUGAAAGUAUUAUUCUCAUCCGACACCCUAUUUGAAGUUCAUGAUAAUUCCAUUAAUGUUGUGGAUAUUGUUAAACAACACUGCAGUUGUGCUAUGUGGAAACCAACUGGGCUACCUUGCCAUCAUGCGAUUGCUGUCUUUAACUACACAGGUAGGAAUGUGUAUGAUUAUUGUUCAAGGUACUUCACGGCAGAUAGUUUCCGAUUGACAUAUUCUGGUAGCAUAAGUCCUGCUUCAGCCAUUGCUUACCCUGGUGGAGAUGAAGAUCAUGAAGAAGAUGAUGAUGAGCAGAUAAUGCCUCCAAUCGCACAACCAUUAGGCCAACAGCAGAAGAAAUUUAAACGGAACAAAGGCCAGGGAAUUAUAAGAAGAUCUGUUUGUUGCACUCGGUGCAAAGGAGUCGGGCAUAAUAAGGUUUCAUGCAAGGCAAUCUUAUAGGGAGAGAAUUUACCUUUAUGUAUGUAUGUAUAACGGUGUACAGACAGCUUUCAUGGUUGCUUUAGGUAAUUUCCAACUACUUUGAAUAACAAUCUCCAUGGACUAACCACAUUAGCAUGCCAUGAAUAGUUGUCUUCUUUUAAGUUGCAUUUAUGUAUUAGGCUAAAGUACUUGGAAUUUGUUGAAAUUGGGUAGGUUGAAUUGUGUUUGGAUCGAGUCAUUCAGGUCUUUUCUGUUUAAUAUAUUUUUCGUGUUUAGUAUUUGGAUUA